GAAGUCCCUCAUGGCGGUGAGGGCGCAGGAGGCCGCGGUGUAUGGCUGGCCGGCUGCUGUGGUGGAUCGAGUAAACGACCUCCGGUUUGAUGGGCAUGCCGGCGCCUGCCGUGCCGUAUCCGUGUGGGGCGGGUGUGGUGGGGGUGAUGGUGGUGCCUUCGGUGACCAUGGCGUUGAUGGCGGCCCGGGCGACGGCAAAGUGGUGCAGGUUGGGGGCACCGUGCCCGUCGAACUCUGCCAACACGGACACCAGAAACGACACUCUUCUCUGUGGCGAUGCAUGCCGAUUGUCUUUGCGUCUCCUUACCCAUGACCUUUACCGCAUAGUAGGGUCGACCGGUCGUCUCUCCCGCCCCCUCGACCUUCUGCCCUCUGUGCGUCCUCAUGUUGGGGGUCGCCACUGUGAUGGCGACGGGCUCCUCCACGCCGACAUAGCCGCGGGACAGCAGGGGGGCGCCCUCAGCUGUCCCUCCAGCCGGUGGAGCAGCUGGGCCUCGUCCUCGAUGCCCCUCAACGCCGCCCGCUCCGCCCUCUCGGCCUCCCUCUAAGCCUUCGCCCCUCUCGGCUGGGGCUGCCCCGACUGCCUCAGCAAUUCCCGCAGCAGCGGCUUGGGCGUGCGCAUCUUGAUGAUGCAGUCCUUGCCGUGCAGCGUGGCCCUCAGGGAGAUGGUCCGGUCGUUGAGCCAGUAGUCGCUGGUGAGGGUGUGCUCCCCGAGGGCGACACGCUUGGACGCGCUGCUGCGAGGCUGGGCGGGAGUGCGGAGCAGACGCAGACAGCUCCUGGUCCUCGACAACAACUUCACCAACACACACAUCACACGCGCAGACAGAAAAGUGAAUCAAGUCACAUUUCUUCGCCCUCUUGUUGUCCAUCCAUCCAUCCGUACCUUGGCUAGUCACGCUGGGCUCGUCACAGUCACCCACAGGCGACUCACUGGGCGCACCGGCGGCAGGGGCACUCUCGGCAGGUCUCUUCUCCUGCGUGGCGGCUCGACAACCGCCUCGUGGUCCCUCUCCUCCUCCUCCUCCGGCUGGCG